AUGUCUGGUAAAGUAAAAGGCCCUAUUAUAGAUCCAGCUUUCUGCCGCUGCUGUCGUUCUAUUAAGCGUUGUCGUGUGUUGACCACGGAAUACGAUUGGAAAGGAGGCAAAGAGAUUUAUUCUGAUAUGUUUAUGGAUGUGUUUGGAUUGCUGCUGUCACAUCUCGAUGGAGAAAACAAAGACAACUGUAUAUGUGCAACUUGUGUUGGUCGACUUCGUGAAGCAAGUGCUUUUAGAGAGCAGGUACUGAUGUGUGAGCAGCUAUUUUUAAAUGCCCGACUGCAGAACAAAGAUAGUUUAACGGUGGAAAUAAAAGGAGAAGCACCAAGCAGUGAUGAUGACAAUGAUGAUUUGCCGUUGGCAUUGUGCGAUACGAGCAGCAUUGUCAAGGAGGAGAAGAAGCCCGAAGUGUGUGUUGAUACUGAGAAAACGCAAACAAAGAAGAAUGGGAAAAUAAAGAAAAUUGCGAAACUGAAGAAAAUUACGAAAACUAAAUUAAAGAGAUAUGGAAAAAUGAAAAUCAUCGCGAAAAAAGUAUCAAAGAAGAAAGAAGCCGAACCUGAUCAUGACGAACAAGAAAUGGCGUACGAAAACACAAUAACUAUAGUUAAUAAUUCCUACAUAUGUCCGUUUAGAAACCGAAUUAGCAUUUACUAUUGCUAUUACUGCAGGGAUCAGUUCACGAACCCCGAGGAACUCCGGGAACACACACUAUCACACAACCCAAAAGAACUCUUCAAGCUAUCCAUCGAAAAUAAAAAAAUUCCAAAAAUCGACAUCACCCGCGUCGAUUGUCGAUUGUGCGAUCAAAAAAUCGACAAUCUAGACACAUUUAAACAACACAUAACCGACACACACAAAUUAAAAUUGUUUCCUGUCAAAAAUGAAUUUUUAAAGUUCCGUCUUACCUUGAAUAAUUUGACCUGUACUGAGUGUAAUAGCGUCUUCCCAUACUUCGAUUCGUUAACCAAACACAUGAUCACACACUUCGGAACGUUCACUUGUGACAUGUGUGGGGCGUGUUUCCUCGAAAAAGCGUCCCUCAGAACGCACAUAAACAAACAUUUUAAAGUGGAAAUGAAUUUUCCGUGCGAGAUAUGCGGGAAAAACUUAAAAUCCAAAUACAGCAAGCGUCUUCAUAUAGCGACGGUACACGAGAAAAAACCUACCGUCAAUUGCUACAAGUGCGAGGCUUGCUUCCUGUCGUACGCGCUGCGUAAUCGUCAUUUGAUCGAAGUCCACGGAGACAGUCGGACGUUCCCCUGUAAAUUGUGCGAUAAGGUGUACAAUAGGCGGAAGACUUUAAUGGAGCAUCAUAGAAGGAAUCAUUUGAAGGUGUUCAGACAUCAGUGCGAUAUGUGUGAUCAACGUUUUUAUCUACCCUCACGGUUAAAAGAACACAUGGCAACGCAUACGGGUGAUAAAAAUUUUCGAUGCGAUUUCUGUGAGAAAUGUUAUCCGAGGUUGCAAUCUUUGCAGCAACAUAUGAGGUCUCAUACUUCUAAUUAG